AUGGCCGGCGGCGUAAUUAUCACGAAGGGCGGCAAGGCCUACCCCGGAAAACUCACAGGCAAAGUGUUCAUCACAUGUUUAGUUGCCGCCAUGGGAGGUCUCAUCUUCGGCUACGACAUUGGUAUCUCAGGCGGGGUGACGUCAAUGCCCUCGUUCUUGAAGAAAUUCUUCCCGCACGUGUACGAGAAGGAGGAGAACAUGGUCCCCGGCACAAACUCCUACUGCAAGUUCGACGAUGCCACGUUGACACUCUUCACAUCAUCCCUCUAUCUGGCCGCCCUCGUCGCCUCCUUAUGCGCAUCGCACGUGACCCGCCUGCUCGGCCGCAAGUGCUCCAUGCUUUUCGGCGGCUCCCUUUUCCUAACCGGCGCUAUCCUCAACGGCUUCGCACAAAACGUGGCCAUGCUCAUCAUCGGCAGGAUUUUCCUCGGCUUCGGCAUCGGUUUCGCCAAUCAGUCGGCCCCAGUGUACCUCUCGGAGAUGGCCCCAUACCGCUACCGCGGCGCCCUCAACAUGUGCUUCCAACUCUUCAUAACCCUCGGCAUCCUCGCCGCCAACCUCAUCAACUACUGGACCGCCAGGUCAGCGUCCGGCUGGCGAAUCAGCCUCGGCUGCGCGGCUGCCCCCGCCCUCUUCUUCAUCCUCGGCUCCCUCUUCCUCCCCGACACCCCCAACUCCCUAAUCGAGCGCGGCCACCCAGACCGCGCCCUCGCCAUGCUCCGCGACGUCCGCGGCAUGGACGACGUGCUCGACGAGUUCAACGACCUCGUCGCCGCCGCCAGCCUGGCGUCUUCGUCCGAUCACAGCCGCCGGCCGUGGACGGAGCUGGUGUCGAGAAAGCACCGGCCCCAUCUGACGAUGGUGACGGCCAUCCCGUUCUUCCAGCAGCUGACGGGGAUGAACGUGUUCAUGUUCUAUGCGCCGGUGCUCUUCCGGACGAUCGGCUUCGGCAGCAACGCGUCGCUGAUGUCGGCGGUCGUCACGGGGGUGGUGAACAGCGCGGCCACACUGGUCUCGAUUUUCACGGUGGACAGGUUGGGGAGGCGGGUGCUGUUCAUGGAGGGGGGGAUUCAGAUGCUCGUCUGCCAGCGACUUGACACUGUAGUUGAAAUUACUGCUGAAACUUGCGGGUGUCAACUUCGUACAAGUUGUGGGUUACCAUGUGCGCACGAACUUAACUUCUAUAUGAAAGAAGACUUGUUUAUUCCAUUACAAGAAAUUGAUGUCUUCUGGAGGACUUUAGAUAUUCCUGACCCUACAGUAGAGGAGGAGGAUGAUGUAACUUGUGAUGCUGAGCUUGAAAGGUUCAAAAAAGGUUUUGCAGAUCAGCCAAAGUCAGGGAAGGUCUCAUUUUUGAGAAAACUUAGGGGGAUUUUUGAACCAUCGACCUAUAUUGUUGGUGAACCUUCUGUUCACAAAAAUAUCCGUGGUCGUCCAAGUUCAAAAUCCAGCAAGGACAAACAAGUGUUGCCUAAUGAAAGUCGUAGACAUAGUUGUUCAUCGUAUAGACCAGCCGUUCAGUCUGAAUUGAACGAGCCACCACGACACAGUGAAUAUGUCUACCGCGAUCUGCCACCCAAGGUUGAUCCACCACAGUGUAGCUCAUAUAUGCCUUUUUCUUUUGAUUUGAAUGAUCUGCCACCUAUGUCCGAGCAGAACUUUGUUUAUCAAGACCCGGCACCAUCAACUCAAUAUGGUUAUGAUCAUUACGAACUGCCACAACAAAACGAAUAUUAUUAUCAGCAGCCAAUAAUGGAGGAACCGACACGGUAUACACAUCCACUGAUUCAUGAAAUUCCAUCUUUCUUUCAACCAUAUGUCAUCGGGAUUGAAGAUGUUGAAGGCGAUGGAAAUUGUGGUUUUCGGUCAGUAGCUGUUGUGGAACACUCCUUCAAAUUUCAAGGCAUUGGAUUUGCACCGAUUGAGCAUUGGAUAAAAAUGCCCGAAACUGGUCUCGUGAUCGCGAACAAGUACAACUGCAUUUUUUAUUUUUUAACAGAUGCAGGUAGUUACACAUUCUUUCCGCUUUGGACAAGUCCACAAGCUCCAGAACUAAAUCAAUCCAUAGCAAUUGCAUUUGUUCAUGGAAAUCAUUUUGUGAAAGUGGAUUUGCAAAAUGGACAUCCAAUGCCCAAAGUUUCUCCGUAUAAAAGUGUCUGUAUGAAAGAAUGGAGACAAAUGUAUAAGGAUCGUCUACAAUUGUAA